AUCCCCGCCCCCUGUGCUCCAUAACUCAAUCCGGGUCUCUAGGUGGAAGGAACAGAGAGAAGUCAUCAGGAGGGGGAGUAUAUAGAGGAACACAGCGGUCUGUACAAGGACGUGAUGAUGGAGAAUCACCGGCCCCUCACAUCACUGGAUGGGCCCAGUAACAGAGAGACCCCAGAGAGAUGUCCCCAUCCUCUGUAUUCCCAGGAUUGUACAGAGGAGAAUCACAGGACCCCACAGGAGGAUCAGGUUGAACGUCUGAUUGAUAUUAAAACAGAAGAUAUAGAGGGAGAAGAAGAGAUUUAUAUGACUGAUAUAAAGGCAGAAGAUAUAGAGGGAGAAGAAGAUACGUAUGUGACUGAUAUAAAGGCAGAAGAUAUAGAAGAAGAAGAGACGUGUGUGACUGAUAUAAAGGCAGAAGAUAUAGAAGAAGAAGAGACGUAUAUGACUGAUAUAAAGGCAGAAGAUACAGAGGGAGAAGAAGAGACAUAUGUGACUGAUAUAAAGGCAGAAGAUACAGAGGGAGAAGAAGAGAUGUAUGUGACUGAUAUAAAGGCAGAAGAUACAAAGGGAGAAGAAGAGACGUAUGUGACUGAUAUAAAGGCAGAAGAUACAGAGGGAGAAGAAGAGACGUAUGUGACUGAUAUAAAGGCAGAAGAUAUAGAGGGAGAAGAAGAGACGUAUGUGACUGGUAUAAAGGCAGAAGAUAUAGAGGGAGUAGAAGAGACGUAUGUGACUGAUAUAAAGGCAGAAGAUACAGAGGGAGAAAAAGAGACGUGUGUGACUGAUAUAAAGGCAGAAGAUAUAGAGGGAGAAGAAGAGACGUAUGUGACUGAUAUAAAGACAGAAGAUAUAGAGGGAGAAGAAGAGACGUAUGUGAGGGGUGAUCAGCAGUGUAAGGAGGAGGAGAUCCCUACAGAUAUCAGCACAGCAGAUGGACACACAAGCAGGAAUAUCUCAGAAGGACAUCUAAUGUUAUCCCCGGAUUGUGACAUAAAAGAUAAUGACCGUAGACAGGAUUCUCCAGGAGCUAACCCCAUUACCCCAAUUAUACAUCCAGCUCUAUCAGCUGAUCCCUCUGAUCCUGGGAAAUGUUCUCCUGAUCACUCUGAUAUUGGUGCAUCUGUUACAUCUCUGAGACUAGAUACAGAGUUUCUCUGUUCUACAGAUGCCAAAUGUUUUACACAGAACACAAAGCCUAUUAACCCACAGACAGGUAAGGCAGGGGAGAGGCCAUUUCCAUGUUCUGAGUGUGGGAAAUGUUUUGCACGGAAAUCAGAUCUUAUUACACAUCCGCGUAGUCACACAGGUGAGAAGGCAUUUCCAUGUUCUGAGUGUGGGAAAUGUUUUACAUACAAAUCACUUCUUGUAAUACAUAAGAGAAUACAUACAGGUGAGCAACCAUAUUCCUGUUCUGAGUGUGGGAAAUGUUUUACAUACAAAAAAACUCUUGAUGCACAUCAGAGAAGUCACACAGGUACAUCACCAUUUCCAUGUUCUGAGUGUGGGAAAUGUUUUACACAGAAAUCGCAUCUUAUUACACAUCAGAGAAGUCACACAGGUGAGAAGCCAUUUCCAUGUUCUGAGUGUGGGAAAUGUUUUGCACGCAAAUCAGAUCUUGUUAGACAUCAGAGAAGUCACACAGGUGAGAAGCCAUUUUCUUGCUCUGAGUGUGGGAAAUAUUUUGCACAGAAAUCACAACUUGCAAGACAUCAGCGAAGUCACACAGGUGAGAAGCCAUUUCCAUGUUCUGAGUGUGGGAAAUGUUUUACACAAAAAUCACAACUUGUUGCACAUCAACGAAGUCACACAGGUGAGAAUCCAUUUCCAUGUUCUGAGUGCGGAAAAUGUUUUUCCUGGAAAUCACAACUUGUUACACAUCAGCGAAGUCACACAGGUGAGAAGCCAUUUACAUGUUCUGAGUGUGGGAAAUGUUUUGCACACAAAUCAGAUUUUGUUAGACAUAACAGAAGUCACACAGGUGAGAAUCUAUUUUCUUGCUCUGAGUGCGGGAAAUGUUUUAUCCGGAAAUCACAACUUGUUAGACAUCAGAGAAGUCACACAGGUGAGAAGCCAUUUCCAUACUCAGAAAUAAAUUACUUCAACUUGGCGCCGGUCCGCAAGCCAAUCAAAGCUCGUGGUCUGACAGCCAAUCAUAAGCCUCAGCUGCCGGACCGCGAGCUCUGGUUGGCUCACGGGCUGGCGCCGGGACACACAAGCAGGAAUAUCUCAGAAGGACAUCUAAUGUUAUCCCCGGAUUGUGACAUAAAAGAUAAUGACCGUAGACAGGAUUCUCCAGGAGCUAACCCCAUUACCCCAAUUAUACAUCCAGCUCUAUCAGCUGAUCCCUCUGAUCCUGGGAAAUGUUCUCCUGAUCACUCUGAUAUUGGUGCAUCUGUUACAGCUCUGAGACUAGAUACAGAGUUUCUCUGUUCUACAGAUGCCAAAUGUUUUACACAGAACACAAAGCCUAUUAACCCACAGACAGGUAAGGCAGGGGAGAGGCCAUUUCCAUGUUCUGAGUGUGGGAAAUGUUUUGCACGGAAAUCAGAUCUUAUUACACAUCCGCGUAGUCACACAGGUGAGAAGGCAUUUCCAUGUUCUGAGUGUGGGAAAUGUUUUACAUACAAAUCACUUCUUGUAAUACAUAAGAGAAUACAUACAGGUGAGCAACCAUAUUCCUGUUCUGAGUGUGGGAAAUGUUUUACAUACAAAAAAACUCUUGAUGCACAUCAGAGAAGUCACACAGGUACAUCACCAUUUCCAUGUUCUGAGUGUGGGAAAUGUUUUACACAGAAAUCGCAUCUUAUUACACAUCAGAGAAGUCACACAGGUGAGAAGCCAUUUCCAUGUUCUGAGUGUGGGAAAUGUUUUGCACGCAAAUCAGAUCUUGUUAGACAUCAGAGAAGUCACACAGGUGAGAAGCCAUUUUCUUGCUCUGAGUGUGGGAAAUAUUUUGCACAGAAAUCACAACUUGCAAGACAUCAGCGAAGUCACACAGGUGAGAAGCCAUUUCCAUGUUCUGAGUGUGGGAAAUGUUUUACACAAAAAUCACAACUUGUUGCACAUCAACGAAGUCACACAGGUGAGAAUCCAUUUCCAUGUUCUGAGUGCGGAAAAUGUUUUUCCUGGAAAUCACAACUUGUUACACAUCAGCGAAGUCACACAGGUGAGAAGCCAUUUACAUGUUCUGAGUGUGGGAAAUGUUUUGCACACAAAUCAGAUUUUGUUAGACAUAACAGAAGUCACACAGGUGAGAAUCUAUUUUCUUGCUCUGAGUGCGGGAAAUGUUUUAUCCGGAAAUCACAACUUGUUAGACAUCAGAGAAGUCACACAGGUGAGAAGCCAUUUCCAUACUCAGAAAUAAAUUAGCUCUUGCACACAAUAGACAUCACUCAGGUGAGGAACCAUUUUAUUCUGGAGUAUACUUAUCAUUGCCAUGUAAUGUUCCGCAAGGUUCAUAUCCUAUCUCCUAUGCUUUUUGCAAUAUACAUGCUACCGCAGGGUGAAAUAAUCAGAUGUCAUGUCCUCAUCUACCACUGCUAUACAGAUGACCUGUCUUUUUCUCCGGGUACUGAGAACCCAAUACCAAUCCUAAAUGUCUAGCUGAGCUCCAGGUGUGGGUGAUGACAGUUGGCUGUGACUCAGUACUGGUGAAACAGGUCCUUAUGAUAGAAGCUCACCAACAAAGGGCAGGGCUACAGCUCAGCUUUACCUACCAACCAGACUUACGCUUGUGGGUUCAGAGUUACAAAAUGCGGAUCAUGUGCGGAAUCUUGGUGUCCUGGAUGGUGGAGUGACACUUAGACAUCAGUAUCAGCCACAAUCAUAUCCUCAUCUGAGGAACAUAGCCAGGUUCCAGCACUUAUUUCCCUCAGAUCUACCUACAGUCAUACAUGCACUUGUAUCAUCACGCAUAGACUACUGCAAUGUCCUCUACCUGGGUCUCCCAGCAAAAGAAUUGCACCGCUUGUAGCUUGUACAGAAUGCAGCAGCCAGGCUGUUACCUAACCAGCCCGUUCCUGCCACAUAACACCCAUUCUCUGCUCCCUUCACCGGCUGCCUGUAAGAUGGUGACUCUAUUACAUAAUCUUACUGACUCUCCCAGCCCUACAUGACCAGGGUCCAUGGUACCAGAAGCAACUUCUGCCUCCUUACUGCCCUGGUUACUUCCAUCUGCAGAUGAAGGACUGUUACCAGCAGUACCAAGAAUCCCCAAGCAGGGCUGAGAUGUCAGGGAGGAAACAGGGCAGUGGCAGCAGUGG